GUUCUCUGUUUCGGACUCCUAGACGUGCCAUCAACGUACAUGAGAAGGAUCCGAAGGACGGCCGUUCCGCUGUUCCUCCCGUAACAUCUUUUUGGCUACCACGUGCUGCUUGGCCACGUCUGGCUGCUCUGUUGGUUUCUGUGUUUUGUGACGAGUCACGAAGUAAUUGUUCUCACCGUUGUUCUACAUCUAGCGCAGCCAGGUUUUCAGCGACAGGAGCGUCGUUUCCUCGCGUCGGGGUAAGAGGAG